AGAAGGGCUUAUUAGAGCAACAACAAUUGAGAGAUCCAGAAAGCAGAGAGAUCGGAGAUGUCGAUACUGUGGGAAAAGAGCCAGACCUGGCGGUGGCUAGUGAGGCGGACUAGGGAUUCGAAGCCCUUCUUCUUGGCCUUCGCCACCAUCUGCGGCGUCGUUCCCGGUGUCAUUGGUUACGGCGUCAUGCAACUCACCAACUCCCGCAACCCUCAGUUGGAGGCCCAGCUCCGCCAAAACGCCCGCCCCGAAUCCCUCAUGAUGGGGAAAGUGAAUCAGGAGCGAUUAGCGGAGUACCUUGGGGAGCUCCAGCGGAAAGAGGAUACGAUCGAUCGAUAUGUAGCUGCUUUGAGGGGGGAGACAUUGACUAGGACUCCUUACCAGAGAAUUCAGCCUGUUCCUAAGCAAAACCCUGAAACUGAUAAUCAACAGAAGAAGAAGAACACCGGGAAGGCUUAGGUUUGGCCAUUAAACUUUGCACUGGUUAAUAUCAUCCGUGGGUAAUGUUUUUGAAAUACUGUAAAGGUUCUUUCAGCUCACAGAUUUAUGAUUCUUUUUAUGAUUAUGCUUUGCUUCUUCAGAAUAACAUUUGAACGUGCAACGUUUGGCUUUGCAUAUGAAUUUGGGUGGUUUCUUUCUCAUUUCAUAGUCUAAAAUUUGCAAUUGUUAGGGUAUGGACUUCGAAUUGUACACACCCGAAACCAUUUUAGUGUUUACUUUGAUUCUUGUGUUAAUUGUGUCUUUGCCUCUGGAGUGGUUAUUUGAAGUAAAGCAGAGCUACCUUUUACUCUGCAUUGCUCCUUCAUGGUA